UCAUUCCUCAUUCCUCAUGGCGACAAAACUAGCAGAAGCAGCUUCGGAAUCUCUGAAAUACCAGACAUGGGUGUUGAAAGUAUCGAUCCACUGUGAAGGAUGCAAGAGAAAGGUGAAGAAGGUGCUUCAGGGUGUCGAGGGGGUUUAUACAACGAUGAUCGAUUCCCCUCAACAGAAAGUUACAGUGACCGGAAACGUCAACGCUGAGACCCUUUUCGGAAAACUUCUGAAAACAAUGAAACACGUGGAGCUCUGGCCUGAAAAAGCUGAGAAGAAGAAUAAGAAACAAGGAUAGGGGAAGAACAGCGAGAAACAGGAUGACCCGAAGAAA